GGCAGUUUUGGCGCGUCGAUGGUGAGGUGGGGUGCGGAGCGGCCAGUGGGGACAGUUGACACAGCUCUGUCCUGCUGUAGCGCGUCCACUGCCGCUGUACGUCGGCUGUACGCUUACUGUGCACUCAGGGAAACCGACCUACCUCGGUGGAACCUGCUCUCUCGGAGUGGCGGUGCUUUGAGUGCGCGCUCAGCCGACAGACCAUUCCAGUGAAAGUGACUUCUUGUCCAAGCUAGUGGGACAACUGACGGAGGUUUGGUCCUGGUGACAGGUAAUCGUGCUCUCACUGACCGGUGGCCUGUGCUUUAGUGACCUGGGACCGGUGGUCUGCUGACCUGUGACUCGUGUGACCCGUAACUCGUGGCCGUGACCCGUGACCCGUGACGCGUGGUGUGCUCCCCCUCUGACCUGUGACCGGUCUCGCACCGCGCCGCGUUCGGUGUGCCCAGCUGUCAUCUCGCCGCGUCUCCACCGGUGCUCCCUGCUAUCGAGCGUGUUUCGUCGUGGCUGGCCCCCAGCCAAGGUCGUUCGUUGGCCCCGCCGGCGACCAAGGUCCUCUGCCGAGUGGUGGAAGGUGGACAUUGAAAACCGUGUGAGCUGGCAUGGCCUCUUCGUGGACAGGUGGUCGUCUCUGCUUCCAGCUCUGACCUCCACUCGCCAUGCUGACCGUGUGGGGACCCCUGACGCCGCUCCUCAUCCUGCUCCUGGUGGCUCAGAGCGCCGCAGGAGCUGAGGCGCACAGCGUGGAGCCCGUGAUGCGGUCUUCGCACGGCCGCUGCCUCACCAACAUCGAAGUUCCUCCUGCGCGUCACAUGCACUGGGAGGAGCGCGAGAUCGCCAUGAAACUGCAGGUCUCCGACCGGCCCGAGUCGCAGCUCACCGCCUGGAUAUUCAAACUGUUCCUGGAGGAGGCGCUCGGCUACGAGCGGGUCGAGCUGGUGAACGUGCGAGACACGUACAACAUGACCACCUAUAUCCGCACACUCUCCGACUGUCCCAGGUGCGUGGAUCUGGGUCCUCUGUACCUGCACGAACAAGACGGAGAAGAAGCCGUGAUCGAACCCGAGGCCACCAUCAACCUCGAGGUGUGGACGCUACCCGGCUACGAACACGAACAGGAUAUUACUCUGAUGUAUAACGUCAUGUACGCCGGCCCGCUGGGCGCCGUCACCAGGAUCGGCUGGUUCUUCCAGGAAUUGGUAGCCAACUCUAGUGACGAGGUCCUCGACCACUGGCGGGCCUUCCUGAGGCCGGACGCUGUGAAGACGUUCAACUACACCACCGCAGAGGUGGCCGAGCUGCGACAGAACCUCGUAGACCCCGAGACGGGAAGGUAUAACUGUGAGCAUCCUGUGUGCGAAGACGGCAUGUUCAUCCCUCCGUGGUGCCGAGGCGUUCACUGCGCCGUUCUUCUGGCGUCCAACUCGGGCGAGGUGGGCCACAUCAUUGAACAGAUCACCGUGUUCCGGCUCCACGUGCGUGUGUUCUGGGUGGGUCGCCAUUUGGCCAGUGUGGUCAGCCGCCGAACAGCUGCUGAAAGGCCGGUUCUGUUCGUGCACUACUCACCGAGUUUACUGACGCUACACGCCAACUAUGUGGAGGUGGCAUUCCCAGCUGAAAACGCCUUCGGCAGUCGAUUCCUGAGAAAAAUGGCAUGGAUCCGACUCAGAGAUGGCGCUACCAUGGCGGAGAAGGCGCUGCACGAGUUCCACUUGACGCAGGAGGAGUACAUCGACAUGUUGAAGCUGAGCCAGUCGGCGAUGCUGCACCACUGGCAGCACGCAGUCACUGGCAGUAACCACUCGCAGCUGCGGGAUGCAGCCUGCAACUGGCUCACUAAAAACACUGACCUCUGGAGGGGAUGGCGGAUCACACGACGGCCGAAAAUACUCAUCGGAGGCAUAUUCCCCAUCAACGGCAUGAACUACAAGGCCAAGGGGGUCAUACCGGCGGCCAUGAUGGCAGUGCGCGCUGUGAACAAGAACGUCACGGUUCUGCGCGACUACGACCUCUCGCUGAAGUCCGAGGACGGCCAGUGCAGCACCGACAUGGUCAUGAAGAGCUUCAUCAACUACGUGCGCAUGCCGGACCACAAUCAGAUGGCCGGCAUCCUUGGUCCCGCCUGCUCUGACACGGUGGAGCCCAUAGUGGGCGUGUCGCGUCACUAUAACGUGGUGGUGAUCUCAUACAGCGCCGAGGGCGUGCUCUUCUCUAACCGCAGCCAGUACCCCUACUUCUUCCGCACUAUCGGCGAAAACAAACAGUUCAGGUUCGUCUACAAGCAGCUGCUCCGGCAGAUGAAGUGGCACCGGAUCGCAGCGCUGACCGAGGACGGUCAGAAAUACUCAGAGUACAUCAGUCUGAUGCACGACAUGCUGCAGGAGUCCAAGAUCUCCUUCAUCGUCAACAGGAAGUUCCCCCGAGACACCAAAACAAUGGCGCCGUACCUGACAGACCUCCGUGAGAAGAACGCCCGGAUCAUUAUCGCCGAGGCUUACGAAGUAGCUGCGCGCGCCAUCAUGUGCGAGGCCUACCUGAAGAACAUGACCGCCAGGCAGGGUUACGUGUGGUUUUUGCCAGAGUGGUUCUCGUCAGAGUGGUAUCUGGUAAAUAGCACUGAUAGCACCGAUGGGGAUCACAGCAAGUGCAAGCCAGAAGAACUCAUGCAGGCACUGGAGGGUCACCUGACUCUUUCUCACGCCUACUUUGCCAACGACACGGAGAUUAUGCAGGAGGGCAUCACGGUCAAACAGUGGCGACACAACUACAGUGUGCAGUGUGAGGAGGAGUACGCCGUAGAAGAGUCUGACUACGCCGGGUACGCCUACGACGCCGUCUGGACGUACGCCCUGGCUCUGGACAAGCUGCUGUCGGAGAAACCUUCCAGUUUUCAGAACUUCCACACGGGGCCCACUACAGCACGUUUUGUCGAGAUUCUGAAGGCGACCAACUUCAACGGCGUGUCGGGCAACAUCCAGUUCGUGGGACCGUCCCGCAUCUCCAUCAUCCUGGUGAAGCAGUGGCUGCGCGGAGAGUACCACGUCGUCGGACACUUCGAGCCGGACGUCGACAGUGGUGACGGAGGCAUACUGCGGCUGGACGAGCGCAAGAUCCGGUGGCUGACGUCGGACGGCAGCCGCCCCGUGGACGGCUCCUCAGACCCGUGCGAUCUCCAGCCGCUCGCUGACCUCCUCGGCACCACCUGCGAGAACGCCAUGAUCAUCGUCAAUAGCAUUGUGCUGCUGUUCGUGCUGUUGAUGCUUAUCUGCUGUGUUCUCUUCUAUAAACGCAGGUACGACAAGAAGAUGCUUCGUCUCAGGGAGAUGGGACUGACCAACAAGAUGGAGUUGAGACUGGACGGAUGGGAGAUCAGUCGGGAUAACGUGGUGAUGAACCGCCAACUGGGAAAGGGUGCGUUCGGCACGGUCUACGGCGGAGAGGCCACCCUGCCCAAGGACAGGUCCUACCGCGGCCCGGACAAAAAACGUGGCGGCCAGGAGGUCGAGAUGGAACUGCGUUCGGUGGCCGUCAAGACGCUGAAGCAUAACUGUACACUGGAGGAGAAGCUGAACUUCCUCAGCGAGGCAGAGAUGAUGAAGCAGUUCAACCACAAGAACAUCGUGCAGCUGCUGGGCGUGUGUACACGCUCGGAGCCGAUCCUGACGGUGAUGGAGUACAUGCUGUACGGUGACCUGAAGAAUUUCCUGCUCGCCCGACGUGGUCAUGUCAUCGACAAACAGUUUAUGGACGAAAAUAAUGAAGUAUCCAGCAAAAAGUUGACAUCUAUGGCACGAGAUGUGGCCUGUGCGCUCGCUUACUUGGCUGAGCGCAAAUACGUGCACAGGGAUAUCGCGUGUCGGAACUGCCUGGUCAACGCCCAGCACACAGUCAAGUUGGCCGACUUCGGAAUGACGCGCUCCAUGUGCGAGAAUGACUACUAUCGGUUUAAUCGUAAAGGUAUGCUGCCCGUGCGCUGGAUGGCUCCAGAGUCUCUGGGUGACGGCCUCUUCACGCCGGCUUCGGACGUGUGGUCGUUCGGCGUGCUGCUCUUUGAGAUAAUUACGUUUGGCAGCAUCCCGUUCCAGGGACUCUCGAACGCAGAGGUGGUGGACCAUGUGCGACACGGCAGUCACGUGGCCGUGCCGCACGGCGUCAAAGGCGAGCUCGCCGAGCUGCUGCUCUCCUGCUGGUCCUACUCUCCCGAGAAGCGGCCGGAGGCCAAGGAGGUGGUGGAGCGGUUCGCCUCCUACCCUCGGCUCAUCUCGCCGUGUCUGGACGCUCCGCUGUCGGUGGUCCAACUCGACGGUCAGAACACGCACGAGGUCGACCUCAACUCGAGUCGCAAGCACAGUCUGUUGAUGAACGGCCGGCCGCAGGCGCUGUUUCAGCGAGCCACCUCUCACGAGCUGGCCGAUAUCGCCGAGUCCGAGAGGCUUGUAAACGGCUCGGCACCGACGGGAGGCGGAGGCUGGACCGUGCCCUCCAGCCCGUUCGGCCGUCACGCGGCGCAUAACGGCCGUCACGGCCGUCCCGGUCACCGUCACGCGGACACGACUGAUGUGUGAGCGACCGUCACGGAGCGGUCCGCACCGCGCCGUCCGGUGCGUCUAGUCAGAGCCGUUCUAUCAAGUACAAAGACUGGGGUUGGGGUCGUCAUAGACUGAUGAGAGAGUCAUGUGUUAAUCGAUAGGGGUGUCAGUCAGCCACCCAGUGUUCAUAAUCUUCACCGGUCGGCUCUGGCGGCUGGUUCCCGCAGCCGGCCACAGCCAGUGGCGCUCACUCGUAGCGCUCGAUAUAUUCUCUACGCUAACGGAAGUUCCAUCGCGAGCUUAAAGUCCAGGUGACGUCCGCGAGCUCCGCGCUGCUCUUCCAUAUGUCAUGGUUGGCCAAUUGUCGCCGCUGGGAGGCGCCCCACAGCAGUCAUUAAGGGAUUUGGGCUCAUAUAUAGAUCUGUCGGCAUUUCUGCCCAACGCGGUGGAUUGGGCCGUACGUUAACACUGCUCAGAAGCUAGUGCAGUCAUUUUAUCGGCAGUUUGCCACUGUAUCAUCGAAAGUCAUGGAGGUAUGUACGUCGGCGUGGUAUUGUAUUUUGGUUGUGCACUGCGUUUGUGCGCAUGUAUGUUUGUGUAUGUGUGCAUUGUGCCAUUGCAAGGCAUGCGACUGUUGGGGCAGGGAUGGGUCAGUUUGCGGCUGGUAGUGACAGAACCACUGGAUGUGGGGUAACGCAUGUUGCCAGGGUUGCGUCAGUCGAGAAGGCGCGGUAUAUGCCAUAGGCACGCUGUGAAAAUCUUAUUUGAAAUCAUGAAACGUCAUAACAUGAUGUCAAAGUGAUGUUAUGUGUGUCAGCCGCGCGAAAUCAGUGACUCUACGUUACGUCAGUGUGGUGCUAAUUGUCCUAGUAGUAAGUGAUAAUAUUGUGGUGUGAGACAUCAUGUGAUGUCUUGGUGGUAUCGCAUGACGUGGUGACGUCAUAUGAUGUCGCUGUGCCGUGGAUGAUGACGUGGGCUGUGACGAUGUACGAUAGUUGGACAGGUUUAGAGGCGCAUCCUGGCUAUAACUCAGGUGAACGUCACUCAGAGGUCACGACGGUAGUCAGGUAGCAUGACAGGCGCCGAGGCGCGCCGCCGUUCGAGUCAGUGGGUCAGUCGAGACUCGUGAGACUUCCAUAGGAUGUUGACUCUAGUUUACUUCAGGGCACUCUUAUACUAUCGCUUAUACCUAUCACAUCUGUUAUCUUUGCACACCAUUUAAAGAUAUUGGGAAGAUGUGCCCCGCUUUGCCCUCUCUCUCUUUCCAACUAUGGCAAGCUGCGAUGUGUUAUUUACCGAAUGUCAAUCCAGACCGUCAUAUGCGCGGCCCUCCUUCGUUCUUGAUAAUUUCCAGAAGUGGUCAUUGAACUCAACAUUCAAUUCAUAGUCAUGACGGGUCUGCUAUUUGUACUUCGCAUGUUGUCAAUUCGUAAAAUGAAAAUGUGUUAUUUUGAUUUUCGUCGCCGUUUUGAAUUUAUUGAAAAUAUGUAAGGCUGCCUUUCGUGCUAAUUAAACAAGAAAAUUGUAGACGGAUCACAGGAAGGUAAAGUUACUAAGAUCCGUUCCGUCACUCGCCAAAUAUUGAUGGUAGAUAAUCAUGACUCAUUGUCCAUUGACCCCUUGGAGCGGCACACGGAGCAACACUACCGGUAGUGUUGAACUUCUGUUGAAUAUAGUACCACCGUCUCAUACACACUACCUCUGACUGAUAUUUUGUGUAGACGCUUGCACGAAUGCUUGAUUUUGGUCCCGUUCUGGUCAACGUUCACAUUUUCAAAGCAUAUUUUGUGAAACCAGCACGUCACUCUGAUAAAAUCAUUGGGCACCGUUAGCUCUGUCAAUGAUUCGCCCUUCUAAUCGGUGUGAUCUUUGGCCCUCCAUGUCUGCACCAAUGUGGAUUUUCAACCCUCAGGAGAAGGGGAGGGGUCCAUUGUGCUGCCACGUUCACUCGGCGGACGUCAGUUCUAGGCUCACGGGAGCGGCAUCGUUCGCCGGCUCUUCAAUGCAACAACGCUUACCAAGUGCAAACAUGUGAUGAUGACACAGGGUUCUGCCCCGGAGCCCCGGACGCUGCCGCGUUCCCUACUCGAUCGGGCGGCCGGCCGCGUUCGGGGCUGUGUGGGCUGCGCCUGUCUGGAGUAGAGCAGGUAGCAUUAGGCCAGCGAUAGGCGGUAGUGUAUCCGCCGGCAGUUGGUGAGCCGACUAGGUGUUGGCGGCUCCGACUAUUGUGAAAAGGGUGCGGAUGCAAGGGGCCCGAUCAGCAAACUGUGCAAUGCAUGCGUACUCACAGCUGAUGAGCAGCGACCGGCCGGCCGGAGGUGUAUCCAGAGUUCCACGAUCUGAAUAUCGGUAAUCAAAACUGGAUCCAGGGCUUCUCAUUGUCUAACGGACAUUGGUGAGGUACCGCGCUCACCAUAGACAGAAAUCUCGUGAGGGUUUGUCUCCCUUUGUGCUCGACCCCAGCGGGUGUCAUUGGAUGGCUACUGUCGCGGGCUGGCCGCCGUUCAGUGAUAUGUUUUGGUGGCUUUAGGCCGCGGUGUGUGCGACAGUUUACAGAAAGCCCGGCGCUAAGGUAUGACGGCUGGGACUUGCUCGUCUCCCCGUGCGCUAUUGUUGCCUGUCGUGUCACGUAUUGACGGUCGCUCGCACGGCGUGUGAAGGAAUGCAACCGUUGCGACUGAGUCGGGCAGCAAGAGACAUUGAGAGGACCGCUACAAAUGUGCUGCUUCCCAGUGCGUGAGGUGUCGAUAUUGUAACAAUACAUGCUUAUCUUGUG